AUGCGAGCACAAGUGCAAAGCGACUUGCCUGGUAGAGAGCGCUUGCCUCAAAAGGUUGCUCACCGAAACGAUCCGGUGCUGCUUCCACGAAGCCGGGCCAUCAAGCCUGUCAGUGCUCCCAGACGCAAACCGCUCGUGAAAAGUCGAUUGGCAAUGGUAACAACAAGCAAACGCGUCGAGAAGCCGAGACGCCUUCUGGGCGAUGAAACUGUCUUCUAUCCGAAUAUCUGGUCGCCACCCGAGACUGCCGGAGACGUGUCCGCUACCAAGAAGCUAAAGCAGCUAGUGGACAUUAGCCAGAUUGCGCACGUGUUGACGACACUGGACUACAAGAGCGGCUAUGAGGCUCCUACGAACGCCGAGUCAGUUAAUAUCUGGGCAUCACUGGAAUCACAGCAGAAUGCCAAACGUGCUGCAAUGAUGAACAAGACGCAGCAACUUGCCAGCAACGUAUCGGCCUCGAUUUCCGAGCACAGUAGUGAGGAAAGCUCGUCACUGGUCAUUUCGUCUAGCGUGCUGAGCCUGGGUCCUUUAAGAAUGGGUGCCAGCACGCUCCGAAAAGAGCUAUGGUCAGGUGAGUUUCCAAGUGUAAUGAAAACGCCAAUCUCGGCUCCGCGUCGGAAAGGUGUAAACGUAGUAUUCUCGAACGUGCUAACGCGCAAUGAUGAAGUAAAUAUGAGCUGGAACUCACAGUUGCUACUGGGGAUGCAUGAGCCGAUUCGUCAUGCCCUUUUCGUGAUCGAUCGGUUCUUGGAGCGCAGUCGUGACUUGAAAAAGUCACCCAUGAAUCGGAACGUGCGCGAGUUUUUUAGCUGGUUCAAACGUUACUUUGUUGAAUUUGUGCGAAACCAGCACAAUGUGAAAACGACGGUUCUCCUCCCACUCGUGGUCAUCAAGGUUGUGGAAAAACGAGAUAUUGCGACGUUCUAUCAAACGAUUUUUGCGCUGGUGGAUGUGAUUAUUUCGCAUGAAGCCCAGCUGUUAUUGGCUGUAUCGACAGCUGGUUCGUGGCAAAUUCGCCUAACCAUUCUGCAGGAUGAUAUUCGGCGUCUCAACUACUUACUUCUAAAUGUACUAGCACUAGAGGAAGUAGCAUUUCUGCCUGCUAUUGAACACGCAUUUUCAGAGAAAGCUUUUUAUCGAUACGUCAUGCCACGGAUUUUUCGUGCGACUCGACCAAAGCGUAUUAUGGUCCCAUGGAUUGUCGAGAGGAGCCGUAUCUGGGGUGGCAACAAAGUUGCUAAAGCGUACAAGGAUGACAUAUCAUUUACGGCACGGUUCCUGUACGACCAUGUGUGGCACCCUUAUUUCGAAAACAAUAUUGCAUCUACCAUGAAGCAUCUCGAUAAUGAUGUGGAAGGCGUAGCUGCAAAGGGUUCGGACGCUUCAUGGUUAGGGUGUAGUAUCAUGUAG